AUGAAAAAGGGAUCGGCGUCCAGAGACAGUGAUGACGCGGGCUCCGAGCCUAGCGAUUUGGCUGAAGAUAACAGCGGUUCCGAUAACGAUGAGGCUACGAAUGCUGAGAAUCACACCCCAGUUCCCGCAGAGGACCAGCCAAACCCCUUCGGUCUGGGCACCCCGAAUACUUACGCAGCAUCAGCAGGAUAUCCAUAUACAGGGGCCAGCAAUGGGUUCACACCAUACCCAGUCGACCAGACCCCGCCCCCGAGGGCCGGGGAGUGGAUCGAUGAACAUGGAGUGAACGGGCUCCCGGCGCACCCCGUAGACCAAAUCCUCGUUGCCAGCGACCAAUGUUUCUAG